GCACGGAGUACGUACGCUAUGGCUAAUGAUGAUCAUGAUACAACCCGAGGCAGCAGCAGCAGCAGCAGUAGUGGUGGUAGCAACUUGGAUGCAUCUCCUCCCUUAGUGUCUACGAAGAGCAGCAGCCCCACCACCACCACCACCACGACGAAUGCGAAACCAAAAGUCGAUUUCGAAGAUCCCGAUGCGCAUCCUACUAUCACCUUGCUCGAUGGUCUCCGCAUCCUUGUGGGACUGGCUUUACUCAGCGGUCUGCUUAGCUACUUCGUGACGGGGAAUAGUGUUGUUUGGGGAUAUAAUGCUUGGUGGACGCAACCGAAAGCUGUUGUUGCGAGUUUGCGCGGCCCCGUCCAUCUCACCGAUUCUCAACUCCUUCGCUACAACGGCGAAGACACCUCUCGUCCCAUUUAUCUCGCUCUCAACGGUACCAUCUACGACGUCACCUCCAACCCUCGCAUCUACGGUCCCGGAGGCAUGUACGCCGUCUUCUCCGGCCGCGACGCCGCUCGAGGCUUUGUCACGGGGUGUUUUGCCGUGGACAACGUCCCCGACUUGCGAGGUGUGGAGUGGGGGUUCAUUCCCCGGGAUGUGCCCACAUACGAGGAGAAGACCGACGCGGAGUUGACGGAGUUGAUGAGAAAUUAUCGCGAGGAUUGGGUAAGGGAUGCGACGCAGCAGGUGCGGGAUGCGGUGGAGCAUUGGCAGAAGGUGUUUCGAGGGGAGACGGGCAAGGAGUAUUUUGAGGUGGGGAAGGUGGUGGGUAGGAAGAAGGAGACGGGGCCGCUGAGGGAGUUGUGUAAGCCGAGGCCGAAGGAUGGGCUGGAGAAGUGGAUGCAGAAGAGGAGAGUGGAGAAGGCGAAGGCGAAGAAGGAGGGAGGUGAUGUGAAGGUGGGAAAGGACGAGCUGUAAGAUGCUAUCCUAAUGGACAUGUGUGGAUUCAUCAUUUCUCCAGCCCCGUCGAACCUCUACGCGGAAUGUCCUGGUGGCAUUCUUACGCUUCUUCAUGCCGGACACCAUCUUGAUGCCGAGUCUGUGGCAUCACUCGAGCAGUAUGAAUGGCCUGAGAUAGCUGACACGGUUAAGCCAAACGCCAGCGACCAACGCCAUUGACAGAAACGCAUGCACUGUCUGGCAAUUGCAGAAACACGAGAAAAGUCGCCUUCGCCUAAGGUGAAUCCUACACUAGCACGAAGCGCAGACUUCUGAGUGCGGAACUGGAAUAUGAUUGGGGCAGUGACUGCUUCUAGCUUCUUCUCGUCCUGAGGAAGCCAAUCUCCGAAUGCCCAUCAUUCAGAACACGAGACUACGCUGGCUGGACGAAGCCGAGAGAAUCAGUCAGGUAGCGAUACAGAUUUCUCGCCUUUGGAACGCCGAGGCAACCACCCGCUGCCAGUGGAAAUCUUCAAGAGGGCAUCGCUUGGAAGUUUCGGUGGCAAAUCACAUGAAGUCGGGAAUAUCAACCACAUGCAUGGAUCGCAUCUGAAACGAGAACGAGGGACAGCAUAAGGUUUUUCUAACGUUUUGUGACAGUGCGUGUGUGUGCAGCACUCGACGAUGGAAGACGAGACAGGAUUUGAAGAGCCAUUCUCGCAUCUCGAUGGCCCUGCACCUGCAUUCCGCCAGAGAGAUGAUACCUAGCUACCUACGUCCUAGGAUUCUAGCGUGGAGUCAACCUCGGCGCGUAGAGAUUGCAUUAUUUUAUGUGUUCUGGAAGAUUCAUCAACUCUCUCGUACGUUCCUCAAUUCUCUGCCCGGGGCUCUCUCCGUAACUCAUGUCGGGAAGACCUUCCGUCGCUCUGUGCGCAGGGACAGCACAAUGGCCGAUUGAUGGGGAGACUUUGCGCUGAGCUAGAGGGAAGCUUAAUCGUGAUAGACGCAUCGUGCGAGCCUCCUGGCAAACUCUUCAGUCUUCACAGUAAUACACACAGUUCACACACGCACUUUAGUAGCAGUGAGCCCGACCGCCGCCUCUAGGAGUCGCAUAUGGUGGCUCGAUGGAUUCGCAGCCGCCCAAGAUCAAAUGAGCCGAUCGGCCAAAGGUGUGUAAAGCGCAAGAUCUCGACCACCCAUAAGACGCAGUACAUCUCACGCGACAAUAAGAAUCGACUGAGCCAGUCGCCAAUAUCAGCGAUCCACAUGACAGCUUCUGUCAGCCAAAAAAUAAUUCUCUCUGGCAUGCGAACCGAGGUGUACCAGAGUAACCAGACUUCGCACCCGUUUAGGUGUCGACUUCUACGAGGAGACCAACCAAGCACAUCGAUGUCCAUUCUGCAGGCUGGGCUGGGUUCAAGCUAUUCCUGUGC